AUGUUAGAAGGAAAUGAAGCCACAAUGUGAGCAAGAAAAGCUGUAACACAUCUUGUCUCCUGCCUGCUCCCUCCCUUCUCACUGUCCUCCCCACAUGAGUUACUCCACCCCAGUUUGGCUCUAGUGUGACAUCCCUGCCUGCCUGAGAAAGGAUGAGCAUGGUCCGUAACUGCAGUCAAGUGACACCCAGAAGCCACAGGUUUCUGUAAGUACAUACAACCCAAGCCAGAGCAAUGGCGUUAUCACUGGAAGAAUUCGUCCACUCCCUUGACCUCAGGACCCUCCCCAGGGUUCUAGAAAUCCAGUCAGGCAUCUAUUUUGAAGGAUCUAUCUAUGAAAUGUUUGGAAAUGAAUGCUGUCUGUCAACAGGAGAAGUGAUUAAAAUUACUGGUCUCAAAAUUAAGAAGAUCAUAGCUGAAACUUGUGAGCACAUGGAAGGUUGUGAGUCUCCACAACCAUUUGAACUGCCCAUGAAUUUUCCAGGCCUUUUUAAGAUCGUGGCUGAUAAAACUCCAUACUCUACAAUGGAAGAAAUUACAAGGACCAUUCAUAUCGGACCAAGUAGACUAGGGCAUCCUUGUUUCUAUCGUCAGAAGGAUAUAAAACUAGAGAAUCUCAUCAUAAAGCAGGGUGAGAAAAUCAUGCUCAACUCAGUUGAAGAAAUUGAUGGAGAAAUAAUGGUGAACUGCGGAGUAGUAAGGAAUCAUCAAAAUCACUCCUUUACUUUGCCAUUGUCAAAAGAAGGAGAAUUCUAUGAAUGUGAAGAUGAGCAUAUUUAUACUCUAAAGGAAAUUGUGGAAUGGAAGAUUCCCAAGAACAGAACACGAACUGUGAAGCUUACAGAUUUUUCACAUAAGUGGGAUUCAACAAAUCCAUUCCCUAAAGACUUUUGUGGUAUGCUGAUUCUCAAGCCUGUUUAUGAAAUUCAGGGUGUGAUGAAAUUUCGAAAGGAUAUAGUCCGCCUCCUCCCCAGUUUAGAUGUUGAAGUCAAAGACAUUACAGACUCUUAUGAUGCUAACUGGUUUCUUCAACUGUUAUCUACAAAGGAUCUUUUUGAAAUGACCAGUAAAGAGUUCCCCAUAGUGGCUGAAGUCAUCGAAGCACCUCAAGGAAACCAGCUGCCCAGAAACAUUUUACAACCUGGAAAAACCAUUGUGAUCCACAACAAGUACCAGGCAUCAAGGAUCUUAGCUUCAGAAAUUAGAAGCAAUUUUCCUAAAAGACACUUCUUGAUCCCCACUAGCUAUAAAGGCAAAUUCAAGCGGCGACCCCGGGAGUUCCCAACUGCCUAUGACCUAGAGAUAGCUAAGAGUGAAAAAGAACCUCUUCAUGUGGUAGCCACCAAAGCCUUUCGUCCACCUCAUGACGAGCUGUCGUCUGUAUCUGUUGGGGACCAGUUUCUAGUGCAUCACUCAGUGACUACAGAAGUCCUCUGUGAGGGCAUAAAAAAAGUGGUGAAUGUUCUGGCUUGUGAAAAAAUCCUCAAAAGGGCCUAUGAGGCAGCACUGCUCCCUUUGUGCAUGGAAGGAGGUUUUGUAGAGGUGAUUCAUGAUAAGAAACAGUACCAACUUUCUGAGCUCUGUAAACAGUUCCGUCUGCCCUUCAAUGUAAAGGUAUCUGUAAGAGAUCUUUCCAUUGGAGAGGACAUUUUGGCUGCUACCCCAGGACUGCAGUUGGAGGAAGAUAUCACAGACUCUUACCUGCUCAUAAGCGACUUUGCCAACCCCAGGGAGUGCUGGGAAAUUCCUGUUGGCCGCUUGAAUAUGACUGUUCAGUUAGUUAACAAUUUGUUUAGGGACACAGGCUCACUUCUAGUCAGGACUCUAGUGGAAGAGAUCACCGAAGAACAAUAUUACAUGAUGCGGAGAUAUGAAAGCUCUGUCUCACACCCUCCACCUCGCCCUCCCAAGCAUCCUUCAACAGAGGAAACAAAGUCAGCUCUGCAAACCUUCUCAGAAGAAAGGACAGCAUACCUGCCUAAGUCUCCCAAGAGUCACCAUGUAGGCAUAUCCAAGAAACUUCAUUCAAAUCAAGCUGGCCUGGAAUCAAAAGCACCAGUUGGUUGUCAGAAUGAUUUGGCUGAUGUGGACAGAGAGAGGAGCAACCAUGGAGCCACAGCAGUGACAGAAAUGUUUAAAAAUGAAAAACAUCAAAAAUAACAAGAUGUGACGAAAGCCACUUGGGGAGUGAACAUAAAUGUUGCAGUGGAAAAGGAAGCCUUGCCUUCUAGCUGAAAAACAAUGAUUCUCCAACAGAUUCCAGAAGAGGCUUGACUGGCCACUGCAAGGGAGAAAACAACCCUUCUAAGUUUUAAUAGAGGAAACUGAGAGAAACCUAUGAUAUGGAAUUCACAUAGUCGAUUCUCUUGUGCCAAAAUCUGUAUGUAUGUUUCAUUGGUAUUUAGAGCAUAUUUAUUUAUUGCACACAUUUUUUAAGAUUCUUACUUUCACUACCAAUAAGCAACUGAAAAAUAAUUUUAUAUUUUAGUUUCUGAAUAAAACCUGUGUAAAACAGGAUGGAAGCUCACCAAAUAUUUUCACUUUUUCUUCAGAAUUUGUUUUGCUACCUUUUAGUGCUAUUGAUCUCAGUAAGAUUAACUUAAAGAAAAAUAACUAUAUUUGAGAAUGAGCUAAAUUACCCAGGUUUCUUAUCUAAUUAUCUUAGAAAAGUUUGACUUCACAUUUUCAGUUUGUUUUAUAAAUACACUGUAAAUAAAUGUGUUUAAGUUUCAACAGCCAAAGUAAUUG